AUGGUCCAACGAGUUAUUCAAGUCGGUAUCAUUGGUGCAGGUGAUGUGGCUCAAAUCGUCCAUCUUCCCACCUUCACCUUCCUAUCGAGCUACUUUAAAGUGAAAUACAUCUGUGAUGUUUCUUUAAAGACCGCAGAGCACUGUUCCAAUCGAUUUGGAAUCCCAUGCAUAGCGACCGAUCCAACCGAAAUAUUCAACGAUGCUGACAUUGAUGCCGUUGUGGUCCUAACCUCGGACGAGUUCCACGCCCCUUAUGCCAUCGCAGCACUUCAGGCGGGGAAGCAUGUAUUCGUUGAAAAGCCAAUCACUUUGAGCUUACAAGCUGCAAAGGAAGUCAUUGAUGCGGAAUCCUCCGCGCCGAAUGGGGCCCGUGUUUUUGUUGGUUACAUGCGACGAUAUUCGCCAAGCUUGGCAGCUUUCAAGCGCGAAGUCGCAUCGAUCAACUGUAUCAAGUAUGCCAGAGUACGUGACAUUAUCGGGCCAAACUCCUACUUUAUUGCUCAGUCGGGAGCCGAGCCGAAGAAAUUCUUCGAUGAUAUUCCCCCCAAAGCUGGAAAGGAGAGACAGGAGCGAUUGCAGGAGUUGUUGAGUCAAGCCUGGGGAACUCCUUUCACCGAGCUUAGCCCUGACCAGAUGGAUUAUUGCUGUCUUCUCGCCAACCUCGGCAGUCAUGGUCUCAGUCUGAUGAGAGAAGUGCUAGGAGGACUUCCAACCGAGGUGCUCGCAUCCACAGAUAAUGCUCGAUGGUAUACCACCAUGUUCGAGUAUGAGGGCAAAGUGAAUGGUGAUCGCUUCACCUGCUUGUAUGAGACCGGGAUUGACUCGGUGCCACGGUUUGACUCUCAUGUGGCAAGGUUUGGGGAGAACAAGUCUGUCUCAAUCUGCUAUGACACGCCCUUUGUCAAGGGUCUCGGGAUCACAGUGGAGAUCGAUGAGCUAAAUGAGUAUGGUGAGAAAUGCCACAGAUCUGUUCAAACGUCGUAUGAGGACGCGUAUACGGCCGAGUUGAGAGAAUGGUACGAUUGUAUCGUCAAUGGGAAACCAAUCAAGACUAGUGCUAUUGAUGCAGUGGAAGACUUGAGGCUCUUCAAGAUGAUGAUGGAGAAGUACCCAGAGCAUAAAAAAGUUACAUGCAACAAUGGCAAAAGUGGGUUUCGCCCCUCUGGACCAUGA